AUGUUGCUCCUUCCAUUUGCUAGUCUCGUGAGCCUAGGCUUCGCAGCUACCCAGCACGUACUGCGUCCCGAGGGCAAUUCGGGCACAGACGGAUUUCAAGUCUUCCAAAGUAAACACAGCGACCACUCAAUUCGUAUUCGACAGCAAGAUGAGUCGUUGUGUGCUGCAGGAUCAGCUCAGUAUACUGGCUGGUUGGACAUUGGAUCGAAGCAUCUCUUUUUCUGGUACUUUGAAAGCCAAAAUGACCCCACAAAUGACCCGUUGACGCUGUGGAUGACAGGUGGGCCGGGCGGGUCAAGCAUGAUCGGCCUUUUCGAAGAGACUGGUCCCUGUCUUAUCAAUGAAUUUGGAAACGGUACCAACUACAAUCCAUGGGGCUGGUCCCGAAACUCAUCGUUGCUGUUUGUUGAUCAGCCAGUCGGCGUUGGUUUCUCUUACAUUGAUGAGGGGCAUGAGUUGCCGGGCGACUCUCCAACAGCUGCUAUUGACAUGCAUCGAUUCCUACAGCUAUUUGUUUCUGAGGUCUUUCCUCGGCAUUUAAAUCAUCCUUUCCAUCUAUCUGGAGAAUCAUAUGCUGGCAAAUAUGUGCCGGCUCUCGGCACGCAGAUCGUGAAGCACAAUAAGCUUUACCCGAAUGAGCCGCAGGUCCAGCUUCGAACUUGCUUGGUGGGAAACGGGUACCAUUCUCCGAAGAGCACUGCUUUUGGAUACUGGGAAACACUAUGCUCAACCAAUCCUGGAGUGCCAGAGCCAGUGUUCAACAAUACUAGAUGCGAUAUUAUGGCGGCUAACAUGCCUCGGUGCAUGCAGGUGAUGGAUACUUGUAUUGAUCGCCCGGAUCCGGCCCUUUGUACUGCUGCCAGCAAAGUUUGCUUUGACGGUAUCAUCGGAUGGUACGAUAAUGAGUCUGCUUACAAGGGCGGAAGGAAUAGAUUCGACAUCACCCAUACAUGCGAAUAUGAUAACCUUUGCUACAUUCAAGGAGCUUGGAUCGAUCAGUAUCUUAACUCAAAGGCCGUUUGGGAUGCGCUCUUGCCGCCCGAGCAUAUCAAAAGAUUCAACUUAACCUCUUUUGCGAUUUCCGAGGCAUUCGAGAAGACCUCAGACGAACAGACUUCCACCGAUUAUCAGGUCAGAUAUUUGCUUGAGAACCAAGUGAAUUACCUUGCAUACCAAGGUAAUCUCGAUUUGGCUUGUAAUACAGCUGGCAACCUUCGAUGGUCGAAUUCACUCGUUUGGAAGGGACAGGCGGAGUUCUCAUCUAAAUCUCUACAGCCGUGGAAUUCUAUUGUUUUUGCGACUGGUAAGAAUGAGACCGUCGGAACAAUGAAGGAGGUUCGGGUUCGAACGAACGAGGCAACGAAGGCCGAAUCUCGAUUUGCUAUCGUGACCGUGAAUGAUGCUGGUCAUUUUCUUCCUCAAGAUCGACCUGAUGUUGCGUUAGACUUCAUGACUCGGUGGAUCUAUGAUUUGCCUUUUGUUUGA